AUGGUGGGCGGCGAAGACGACGAUGGCGACGAGAGCGAGCGAGGUUCACGUACAAGGCGGCCAGGAGAGAGACAGGGAGAGCGAAUGCGACACGCAGAGGCAAUCGGAAAGCCGUGUGUAACAGUGGCACAAGAACCAUGGAAUCGCAAGGGCCGAGAGCGAGCUAGAACCACAGAGCCAGGUGCGGCGGCUGAAUCAAUCCACGGCGGCGGCAGCACUAUGCAGAACAAGCAGCACCAGCAGCAACGACCAAGGGCGGCGUGGCGUGACACGGUUGCCACGCCGGCCAGCCGAACAAUUGAUGGAGGGUUUCGGCGGAAGAGCACUCUGCAGCUGAUGAAGCCAAAAGAUGGAGAGACUGGCCUGAGGCCUCGUACACUGACGGUUUUCCCCUGUUUAGGGCUUUGGACUCGGGAUACCAAGCACCUCUCGCUGAAUUUCGGCAGCGAGUGGCCGUUGGCACGCAAAAUGGAAACUCACGGAUUCCGAAGCCGCUAG